AUGGCCGCGGCAGCCGAGCUGGGCGCAGCAAUAGGCGGGGAGGAGCGCUGGAGGGGAUCGGCUUCUGCCCAGCCUCGCUCUGCCCGGCCUCUCCGCGCUCCUCUGACAGCGCCUCGGCUGAGGACCGGAGCCCACCCUUCGGCACGGCUGCUCUUCCUGCCGCCCCCACCCCAACACGCACUGGAUGGAUUUUUAUCCCCCGCUUCCGCUCUCUCCCCAGCGCUGCUCCCUCCUCAGGAAAUCCUCAGCACCGGUGAUCCAGUGAUCCGGCAGGCUUCAGAACCAGGCAGCCGGCCGGUGUUUUGCAGGGGUGAAUCCAAGGCAGCCGGGCAGCCUCGGCUGGGAGGGCAAGGCCUGGAGGCAGCAGCAGCAUUUCUCCCGGAGACUGGGGGGAGUCCCGGAGCUGAAGCCUGCCCAACAGCCAGGCAUGCAAGCGCGCGGGAGUGGUCCACGGGAGGCGCCAGGAAGAGGAUCACUGAAUGGGAAGGGGAGGCCCAGCCGCUGCCAGACACCGGAGGGGCGAGGGGGAGGCAGCCGCAUCGGGCCCGGCAGCGGGGGCUGGCUUACCCGCCGCGGUGCUUGUUGUCCAUCCGCUUCUUCUGCCUGACUGGCUGCAGAGGGAUGUUAUCGGUCAUGGCCGCGGCAGCCGAGCUGGGCGCAGCAGUAGGCGGGGAGGAGCGCUGGAAGGGAUCGGCUUCUGCCCGGCCUCGCUCUGCCCGGCCUCUCCGCGCUCUUCUGACAGCGCCUCGGCUGAGGACCGGGCUGGCUGCUGCUGGCUGAGCGGCGCGCAGGUAGCGUGGACGCUCACGCCACCCCUGCUUCUCCCUCCUCUUCCCUUCGCCCACAAAUUGGGCGGCGUUGCGCCCCACCUUUUAGGCAAUGCUGCUGCUUCCCCCCAUCCGCCGCUAUCCUACACAGACGCUAAUGCAGAGCCCACCCUUCGGGCACGGCUGCUCUUUCUGCCGCCCCCACCCCAACACGCACUGGAUGGAUUUUUAUCCCCCGCUUCCGCCCAUAUAAAAAUAAAAUUAAAUCAAAACACUUUUAACAGAAUAAAAACAAUUCAAAGAACUGAAACAAAACAAUUUUACAGUAAAAAGAUUGAACAGUUUAAAAUUAGUUUUAAUUAAAAGCCUGAGAAAACGUAUGUGUCUUAAGCGUCUUUUAAAAAGCUAUCAAAAAUUGAGAAGCUCUUGUUUUAAGAGGGCGAGCAUUCCCGAGCCUCAGGGCAGUCGCAGAGAAGGCCUGGUCCAGAGUAGCCACCAAAUGAAAAGUCAGUGGUAGUCAUAACCAGACUUCCCCAGAUGAUCUUAAUAGGCAGCAGGGUUCAUGACAAACGAGGCACUCUCUUAAGCACCCUGGACCUAUGCCAUUCCGGGCUUUAUAGGUAAUAGAACUUUGCAUUUUGCUCUGAGCCAGUGCCACAUUCUUAGACAUUGCUGUUUAAUGGUCCCUUCGAGUUGUCCCAGAGACCAGGCUGGCUGCCGUAUUCUGUACCAGUUGUAGUUUCUGAACUAUGUACAAAGGCAGCCCCACAAAGAGUGCAUUACAGUAGUCAAGCCUGGAGGUUACCAGCAUAAUUGUAAACCGCCCUGAGCCAUUUUUGGAAGGGCGGUAUAUAAAUAAAAUAAAAUAAAAUAAAAUAAAUAAAUAAAAUAUGUACUACUGUUUUAAGGCCAUUUCCCUCCAGAUAUGGG